AAUUCAUGAGACAAUUUGUUAAGUGGCAUGAAAUAGGAAGACGUUUGUUAUUUAAAUCAUAAUCAAGCUAAUUAUCGGGGGUGCAGACGACUGUUGGAACAGCGUGAGCAGGCUGGUGUUUUGGACGGAUGCAGUGAGCUCACCAAGAUGGAGUCGGGUCCUCCACAUCUCUCCCCUGUCCCCGGGACAGAGGCCGUCCCGCACCACCAUCCCCACCCUGGGGUACCCGGAAUGCCCAUGCCGCCACAGAUGAUGCCCAUGACGACCCCAGUCGGGCUCCAAGCUAUCUACCAAGCCUGUCGGCGACUGUAUGCCGACCAACCCAACCCGCUCCAAGUCACGGCUGUCGUCAAAUACUGGUUGGGUGGGCCGGAUCCACUGGACUACAUCAGCAUGUAUUCUAACCCAGGAGACCCAAACAGAGGCAUCCCUGCACACUGGCAUUAUGUCAGCUUUGGCCUCUCGGAUCUGUACGGGGAUGGCAGAGUGCAUGAAUACACAGGCCCUGAAGGUCCAAGUGGCUUUGGAUUUGAGUUGACAAUCCGACUGAAGAAAGAGACAGGUGAAACAGCCCCACCCACCUGGCCUGCUGCCCUGAUGCAGACCCUGGCUAGAUACGUCUUCCAGUCAGGUGAGGAGAGCAAUCAAAAUGUCCUGUGUGCUGGUGAUCAUGUGUCGUGGCACAAUGCUCUGGACAGUAGCGAGUCCCGUAUCCAGCACAUGCUGAUGGCAGAGGACCCUCUCCUCCAGUCUAUCAUGUCUCCCAUGGGCACCAUCAACUUCAUACAGAUUAUCGGAGUGACUGCGGAGGAGCUGCAGGCUGCACAGAGAUGGAACGGGCCUGGUAUCCUGGAGCUGCUGCGCAAUGUGCCAGUUGCAGGGGGACCCUGGCUCCUCACCGACAUGAGAAGAGGUGAAACCAUCUUUGAGAAGGAUCCACAACUUCAGGAGGUUGUGGAGAGAGGCAUCGAGACUGAGGGCUCCAACCUGAGCGGUGUGAGUGCGAAGUGCAGCUGGGAGGAGAUGGAGGAGUCACGGGAGGAAAGAGAAGAAUCAGAGGAGACAGUCAGACAGCGUAUAACACCACAUGAAUCUGAGCAAAUCAAGGCCGAGCUGCGGAGGGGGCUGAUGGGACAGCAUGGAUCAGGAGCUGCUGGGUUUGGGACCGGGGCAGGUGCUGACUUCACUGAUCAUGUCAACCACAACACUGACAGAGAGAGAAAAGACUCCCUGAGCAGUUCAGGCAGUACAGAAGAGGUGAAGCCAGGCGAGCUACAGAGGAGCCAGACCAUGGAUGCUGUACAUAUCAAAAUUAACAAGGAGGCUGGGACUCUACUGCCACUAGUCAUGAGGGGGAGAUUGAAACACGGACGCCACUUCACGUUCAAGGAUGUGUCGGGGAAUUCAGCAAUAACGUUUGUGUCACCGAGAGUCAUGGGAGCCAUAGCAGACGAAAGUCAUCCUUAUGCCUCUAGAGGGCCAUGGUUACAGGUUCUUAUACCGGAAGAUUUUCUAGAAGCUGUCAUAAAAGACUUGGAGGAGCUGUCCAGCACUGAGGAACUUGUGGUGCCAAAGCAGUACAGAUGGAGGGAGAAGGGGUUGACCAUUAGUAUCCUACCUGAUGACUGGUGACAUGGAAGGUGUGGGUUGUAAAAAGCCUUGUUGUAUGUAAAUGACCAGUACCAGUAGAAACUGUUUUUGAGCAGUGUUUACUCUAUUUUGAAAUUGUGAUAAAGAUGCUAUGAAUAGAGAGAAUAUCAUACAUUUUCC